CGACAAGUGAAAUCAAUCACCUGCAUUCAUCAUCCUCCUUUCUUGCGACCAUUGUUUCUUUUGCGAUAUCUCAUCCUAAUGACACCCCGGACAUAAAAUGUCCAUCACAUAAUUCUCAAAUCUUCUCAGUCUGUACAAUACGAUGACUUCUCGUGAACCCUCUGCAGCGCCUUCGGACGCCGAUACCAUCGACGAUCAAACGGAAGAAACAAAGCCAGACAUCACUGAGCUUGAACAGGACCAGUCACAGCAGGAAGAAGACGGCCACUCUAACACAACGCCGACAAGUGUGCGGCGCACUGCCCGUUCGCGAGUAUCUACCGGCAGGAAAGCAAGACCUCGAAAGUCUGCGGCCUGGAUACAAGAGCAGUUUCAAGAUGGGACAGAAGAUGAAGGAAGCGUCGUGUCUGCGUCCCACUCAAGGACCAAAAAGUCUGAGGCAUCUCCAGACUCAGAAGCCAGGACCGUAGGCACUGCUGUCGGAACCAGAAGGCAAGCGAACGGCACCGUUGGGUCGGUCUACUCUGGCAGUAAGAUCAGGCACAUCAAGAAACCCGAUGGCGAGCCAUUAUACCGCAAGGAAAUCCAAUACCAGUUCUUGACGCGCGUUACUGCCGACACAAAACCAGUCUUUACCAGAUUGAGUGAUAGCAAACCUGGCUGCACCUUUCUGGACAUCUAUGUUGACUGCAUGGCGCGAAGUUCCAAGACGAGCAAGAUCCUCAAAGACCGACUACAAGUCGAUCGCCAGGCGUCGCAGAACAUGGCCAUGAUAUGUCUGUUGGUGAAUGUUGGCCGAAUGAACACCACAUUGAACUUCUUUCCUGAGAUGAGAGCUCAGCUGAGGACUUACCACUCCAUUCCGUCUUUGCAAGCUUACAAGAGUCAAAGAGAUUACAAAUCACUCCAGGAUGCACCACGACUCAAAAGUAUCCUGAAAGGCGCCAGCGAAGAUACCGAAGAACCUCGGACUCUCGAAGCACUUAAAGCUAGACCGAUCCCUCGCACAAACCCUGUCAACCUCAUUUUUGUCCUCUCACAGUCUGCGCCCACCAUCAGUGAAUCUCAUUUCACUGAUAAAGUCGACUUCUUCGAUUUAGCCAUGCGACACACCAUAAGCUCCGAAAGCAGAGCCCAGGCAUUUUUGUGGCUCAUGUGGUGGUAUCUCGAGUCCAAUUUCACAAAAGCGGACGCCUUGAAUAAUCCCUAUGGUCCGGGUCAAUAUAAAGAGGGCGAAGACCCUGCUGAUCCUGACACAGUACCUCUAUUGGUACCUGACUUGGUCACGAUUACUCCGGAAGAAGGCGACAAAGAAAAUGAGGAUCCUGAAGAGGAGAUUGCCUUUGGAGACAAAAUGAGGGAAGAGAGGAGACGAAUAAUGCUGGAAGUGGCGAACGAGCCGCCUCUCACCAUGGUGGACCCUGGCAAUCCCGAUCACAAGGCCGUGAAGCGAUUGAAACGGUCAGCUCUCUAUGGCGACGACGAUUCUCUGGUGUCAGACGCAGACUCACGUGCAAGUCCCGGCGUCGCUACCCCGGAAGCCCAUCAUGGGCAUUUGAUGAGUAGCGUACUGGGUGGACAGGCUGACAGCCUCGACGACGACUGGGAAGUCUUUGACCCACAUCCGGGUCGAGGACGAUACAAGCGAGUCAAAGGCAAAAACACACCGUCACGGGUCAGAGGGGGUGGUGCUGGUGGCAAGCCGACCGACGGUCGGAAGAGCAUAGCCAAAGCACGGGACGGAGGUACUCCAGACACAGUCGACCGAUUCCGCGGAACCCCACAACCCUUGCAAACUGGAGCUGGCAAUCACAAUGCGAUCCCCCAGUACGGCUCCCAUCGAAACAGAAAGGAAAUUGACGUACUUGCCAUUCGACCUGGUGAGCCUGGAGCCAGCACUAUACCCAAGUCCAGGGCUCGGACGGGAUACCAACGUGAACUCGAGGAGCAUCGCCAACGUCGUGUUGAAUGGGCAUUGAGAAGACGACGAAAGGAGGCGCUAAAAACAUCUCGACAGUUGAGAGAGGGUGGGAAGUGGUUGUUGACGGCUGCCAGACGUGUCCAUGAGCUUCCCAAAACCUAUGAUAGCGAAGAAGAAGCUGAAGAGCAUGAAGGAGUCGGCUUUGCUGGCUUGCUCGGGCGCCGAUGGGCUGGAGAGCCCCUCGACGCUGACCAAGGAGGUAUCCCUGUCGGCUAUGAACCAGAUGAUCAUGGCGAAGAAGUCGAGAUGUGGAUGAAAAUCAUGAAGCGAACUAGCCGGAGGCUCGAGGUUUGGGACGGCGAUAGAGACGUCGAAGUCUACCAUGCUCGGAUGUAUCGUCCCCAGUUCACUGAGACUGUGGUUCAGGAACCUCUAGCACCAGCUCUCACCAAUGGAUCACGAAAGAAGAGCCGAAAGGUCAAGUCACCGUCCCAAUCACUGUUGUCUCGCUCCAGGAGAGGUGCCCCAAUCGUUCAGACAGGCCAAGACCUCAACGAUGAGAUCACUCAGGAUUUACUAGCGGAACGGAGCGACGAAGACAUGGAGGACGACGACUCCGUUGGUGCAGAGGGCGAAGACAACGAUGCAAGCGACAUGGAUAUGGAUUGACAGUAUCAGCAAGCAUGGAUAUCGAAAGGUUCUGCUUGCGUAGCUUUUCCCGUGACAUUUUCAUCAAGACCCUCGAGGUAGAAUGUUAUGCCAAUCCGCGGCAUGGAAUAUCGGAUUGGACAAUGUACAACAAUUGAUACCGGCUUUUACAUGAAACCAUCAAUGGCUAUUGGCUGUGUUUUUCUACAUUACCGCCCUUAAACCCUCAUUAUAGGCUAGAGCCACACUCCGCGUCCCAUCCAG